UUUAUGAACACUAGUCAUGGACCAUGUUAAAUGAAGACAAGGGCGACAUGAGAUAUAUGCUUAUAUCGCUUAUGAGAUAUAUGCUAAAUAUGGACAGUGUAACACCUCCGUGCACUUAGAACGACAAGCCGUGGUGGUGGCAAAGAAUGGUUUCUUUAUUACCACAGUAGAACUACAGAACCGGGCGAUCAGUAGUUACAGAGUCGAACAUAGGAAGACGACGAAGUCACGUUGACAGUUGGGCAGCUGAGGGCUGGACUGGCUGGUCAGUGCUCGUGUCUCCUUGUCCCUGGUUUUCCUCUCUACUACUGCGACUGCGCUCCUCCGAUGGUUUGCCGGUUCUCUCUUGUUAGCACAACCUGCCUGCUUUUAAAGGCAGCUGACCGAUCAUUUUUCUGCUGAACUAGUCAGUUCUGAUUAUCUUGACAGUCGUUUUGUCAGCAAUUAUGCUAUUUACAUGAGUACUUGACAUUUACUAUGUCAGCAAUUAGGCUGCUUAUAUAUGUACGUCAGCUGACCAAUGAUUCUGCUGAGUUGGUGCAGUGCCUAGGGCUCACAAACUGCCAAUGGCAAAUAGUGUUACAUUAAAUUUGCAGCUACACACCUCAGCGGAACACAAACUUUCAUGUUUAAGCUACACACAUCGGUUGAACUUUAUCUGAAGGUGAAAUUAUCUGGACACAUCGCUGGAACAUGAGCUGAAGGUGUUCUUACCUACACACAUCGGUGGAUGAUACACAAAGGUGGGCUGUAGCGAUACACAUCGGUGGAUCAUACACAAAGGUGGGCUGUAGUGAUACACAUCGGUGGAUGAUACACAAAGGUGGGCUGUAGUGAUACACAUCGGUGGAUCAUACACAAAGGUGGGCUGUAGUGAUACACAUCGGUGGAUCAUAAACUGAAGGAGGAUUGUAGUUAUACACAUCGGUGGAUCAUACAUUCAAGGGACUGCAUUUUGGCGUACAAAUGACACAGUGAACAUUAAAGUGUACGCACAUCGCUUCAAUUUGCACCUGCCUUAGAUUAUCAAAACAUGUUGGCUCCACUCCUCCUCGCUAACAUACUCACAAGUAUCCUGGGCAGCGAUGUGGUCAACGUUGGAGUGCUGCUUCCAUCAACAGGAGAUUAUCCAUGGGUCAUUCAAAAAACGCUGCCAGCGCUAGAGAUAGCCAUAGAACGUUUAAACAAGAACACCCAUCUUUUACCGAACCACUUACUUCAUCUUGUGGUCAAGGAUUCUCAAUGUUCCGGCAAGGAAGGGCCACUUGAAGCUAUUGAACUCUACAGACAGAACCACGCUCAUGUAUUUAUCGGCCCGGCCUGUGAUUAUGCUGUGGCGCCUGUGGCCAGAUACAGUCAACGAUGGGGGAUACCUGUGUUGACGGCUGGAGCUCUGGUCAGUGCGUUUCUCGACAAAUCAGAAUAUAAUCUGUUGACACGAAUGGUAGGUCCCUAUAACAAACUGGGCGAUUUCGUCUUGGACAUUUUAAGACAUUUCAAAUGGCAGCAUGUUGGUUUGCUGUACUCGGAUUUUAAAUACGGUGCAAAUAAAGGAAAGUCCAACUGCUUCUUCCAACUUGAAGCGAUUUACUUGGAACUUAAGAAAUCAUUUCGGACCAAACCAUGGCAUAAAUCAUUCAGCUCCACAAUUGGGGAUGAUCAGUUGAAGGCAUUACUCCAGGAAGCUAUGGAGGAAACAAGAGUUAUUUUGCUGUGUGCACCCCACGACACUGUGAGGAAUAUCAUGAUCCAGUUCGAAGAACUUGGACUUGACAACGGGGAGUAUGUUGUCAUCAACUUCGACAUGUUCUCAAGUGGGAUUGAAGGCACAAAACCUUGGUUCCGUGCAGGUGACACGACACAGAGAAAUAGACAGGCACGUAAAGCGUACGAGGCGGUGAUGACAGUUACCCACAGGCGACCUUCCAGUGCCGAAUUCGCCAUGUUCUCUAAGGAAGUAAAGAGACGAGGAUCUGCCUUGUACCACGACUACGUGUAUGGCGAGGAGGAGGUGAACCUGUUUGUUGGGGCCUUCCACGAUGCAGUAAUGCUGUACGCUUUCGGCCUUCAUGAAACUCUGGCAUCUGGAGGGAAUGUUAGUGAUGGUGCAGCCAUCACCAGCAGGAUGUGGAACCGGACAUUUCAAGGCAUCAGUGGGACGGUGAGCAUAGACGCUAAUGGGGACAGGGACAGCGACUACUCACUACUGGACCUCCACCCCGGGACCGGGAGAUUAGAGGUAGUGGCCAACUACUUUGGGAACAUUAAACAGUAUGAACCGGUUCAUGGGAAACGCAUUCACUGGGCAGGAGGAAGGACUUCUCCCCCGCCGGACGUGCCCAAGUGUGGAUUUCAUGGAGCCAAGUGUCCACCCGACGAGCGGUUCCCCGACUACGGCAUCGUCAUCAUCGUGCUGGGGUCCGUUGUGCUGGUCGUGCUGGUAGCAGCCUUCCUCAUAUAUAGAUGGAAGUUCAGCAACUAUUUCGCCAUGACACAUUCUACAUGAUACACCGACUUCACAACUGGAACUCUACUCCACUCACAGCAAUCAUAUGAUAGUAUACUGCUUUGAAGUUCACAUGUAACAUUGAUAACAUAUGCUGUUUAGAGUGAAAUGUUAACAACAGCAGUGCUUGGUAUAUUUAACUGCUUUAUGUACAAAACAGUACAUCAGACAAUUGGUCAUGUAGCAAACUAGAGGCUGAUGUUCAUUCCUUCUUUACAUCAUAUACACGUCCUGCUAUACACCAUGUAGACACACUGCUAUACACCAUGUAGACACCCUGCUAUACACCAUGUAGACACCCUGCUAUACACCAUGUAGACACACUGCUAUACACCAUGUAGAUACCUUGCUUUACACCAUGUAGACACACUGCUAUACACCAUGUAGACACACUGCUAUACACCAUGUAGACACCCUGCUAUACACCAUGUACACACCCUGCUAUACACCAUGUACACACCCUGCUAUACACCAUGUAGACACCCUGCUAUACACCAUGU